GGUCUGGCUCAGUUCUGUUCCGUCGGCCGAAGCGUUUAGCAGUAAUUUUUUAGUUCGGCAUUUGGCACCCGUGUUCUUGGUUCUAAGAUUUUCUCUCUUCUCACUCUCGGCCGUUCUCGCGCUGGCUCUACCCGGCUAAAAACAACACAAUUGUGAACGCCGAAACGUAAACUUUUCAUUGAUUUUCCCUCAGUGCUAAUUUCAGUUUAGUGGAUAUAUGUAUAUUUAACACCCAAAUAUAAAUAGAUCCCAACAAAUGUGUUUCAUCUACAAGUAGUCCAGAUUCCGAGGCUAUCUAUUGUGGGCAAUCAUUAAGCUAAACACGUAACACUCACUCAGGAAGCUAAGAAUAGCAAAAAAUAAAAAAACAAACAAACAAAAAACAAAAACAACAACAGUAAUAACGAAAGAAAAAAAAUGACACCAGAGAAAUCGAUUAUAGCCUAUAUCAAUCAUUUGAUAGUCAGCAACUUUUCAUAUUUCUGGGACGAAAUCGAUGGAUAUCUGUAUUAUUUGGGCGGAUCUCUGGGCACCCUCACUCUCAGUAGUUUGGCGGCCAGUGUUGCGUAUUAUUUUGCAACACGACCAGUACCGGAACAACCAUUAGUGCCUCUGGAAAACCAAUCCCCAUUGUUAGAGGGUCCAGAACAAAUUCACGUCUCCAAGUUCUACAAGGAGUCGAAAAAUGGAAAAUUUGUAUCCUAUAUCACAGAGAACGUCCGCACCCUAUAUCAGACGUUCCGCGAGGGAGCCUAUGCGUCCAACAACGGUCCGUGUCUGGGCUGGCGAGAGACACUAACGUCGCCCUAUCAGUGGAUCAACUAUGAUGAGGCGCUGCUACGGGCCAAGAACUUUGGCUCAGGCAUGCUGGCGCUGGGGGCUCGGCCCAAACAGUUGAUUGGCAUCUACUCGCAGAACCGUCCGGAGUGGAUACUGUACGAGCAGGGCUGCUACUCGUUCUCGCUGGUGGUGGUGCCGCUGUACGACACCCUGGGUCCCGAUGCCUGCGCCUUCAUCAUCCGCCAGACAGAAAUGUCGAUUGUGAUCGUGGAGGAUGAUGGCAAAGCGGCCAUGCUCCUGGAGAAGGCGCCGCGCAGCCUGAAAAUCAUCGUGGCCAUCAAGCCGAUACGCCAAACGACGCUGGAGCGGGCGCGCAGUCGGGGCAUACAGAUUUUCUCGUUCAUCGACGUGGAGAAGCUGGGCGCCAAGGGCAAUCACCCGGAAAUUGCGCCCGCAGCGGAGGAUCUGUGCACGGUCUGCUACACAUCGGGCACCACCGGCAAUCCCAAGGGCGUUAUGCUCACCCACGGCAACGUGGUGGCUGGCGUCUGUUCUGUGAUCCUGCAGAUGGGCGAUCAUCGCAUACGGGCCGGGGAUGUGAUGGUUUCCUUCCUGCCACUGGCCCACAUGUUCGAGCGGUGCUGCGAGAACGGCAUGUACUAUGUGGGCGGCUGUGUCGGCUUCUACUCGGGCGACAUUAAGGAGCUGACCAACGACCUGAAGAUGCUGAAGCCCACGGUUAUGCCGGCUGUGCCUCGCCUCCUGAAUCGCGUCUACGACAAGAUCCAGAAUGAUAUUUCCGCAUCGGGUCUGAAGCGUGGUCUCUUCAACAUGGCCAUGCGUGCCAAGGAGAAGGAGAUUGCCCGCGGGGUCCUGCGGCGCAACGGCUGCUGGGACAAGCUCGUGUUCAAGAAGGUGCACCAGGCCUUCGGUGGCAACCUGCGUCUCAUGGUCGUUGGCUCGGCGCCCUUGGCCGGCAACGUUCUCACCUUCAUGCGCUGUGCCUUGGGCUGUCUGGUGCUGGAGGGCUAUGGCCAGACAGAGUGUACUGGCGCCAUCACACUCACGGUUCAGGGUGAUCAUGUGCCCAAUCAUGUGGGUCCGCCCGUCUCCUGCAAUGCUGUGAAGCUUGUCGAUGUGCCCGAGAUGGAGUACUUUUCCAACCAAAACACGGGCGAGGUCUGUGUGCGCGGCUCAAAUGUGUUCCAUGGGUACUACAAGGAUCCGGAGAAGACGGCGGAGGCGAUCGACUCGGAGGGCUGGCAUCACACCGGCGAUGUGGGCAUGUGGCUGCCGAAUGGCACCCUGCGGAUCAUCGAUCGUCGCAAGCACAUCUUCAAGCUCAGCCAGGGCGAGUACAUAGUGCCCGAGAAGAUCGAGAAUAUCUAUACGCUCAGUCAAUAUGUGAAUCAAGUCUAUGUCUAUGGGGAGAGCUUAAAGAGCUGCAUAAUUGCUGUCGUUGUACCUGAUACCGAUGUACUGAAACAAUGGGCCACGGAGAACAAUGUACGCGGCACACUCUCCGUCCUGUGCAAUAAUAAGAAUGUCAAGGAACUGAUCAUGAACGACAUGCUCAACUGGGGCAAACAGAGUGGACUGAAGUCAUUCGAACAGGUCAAGGAUGUCUAUCUGCAUCCUGAUCCCUUCUCCGUACAAAACGGACUGCUAACGCCCACAUUCAAGGCCAAGAGACCACAACUUAAGAGCUACUUCAAGCCGCAACUGGAGGAUAUGUAUAAGCACUUGGAUUAAAGCAAUACCUACUAUAUAUUUUACAAGAGAAACACACACCAAAACACAAGCAAAACAACGAACCGAACUAAAGAUAAUGGAACUAAUGAUGAUGAUGAUGAUGAUGUUGAUGAUGAUGAUAAUGAUAAUAAUGAGCAAAAGCAUUCAAAACGAUUAAAAUAUAUGCCUAAACUAAACCAUAUUAAACUGAUGAUAACUAAGACUACAGACGCAGAUACUUGAAGGCCCCAAAUGGGAGAAGAGUCGAAUUUUAUAGUUUCGUCAAUUGUUAGCAAUUAAGAGAAGCGCAAGAUACACCAGAUACAAAUACAAAUACAAAUACAGAUACAGAUAAACUAUAGGACGAGAGAAGAAGAGUAGGAGAGGAGAACCUUUUGACAGCCGCAUUUUUAUAUAAUUUAAUCGAGAAACGAAAUAUUAACUAAUAUGUUAAAUAUAUUUCCCCUAACCGCUCCCUUAUGGUCUAGUUCAAAGUGAAUAGAGCACGAUUGCGUAGUCUGAACCAAAAACACACAUACAUAUACGAUAACUAACUAACACAUAUUGAGCCAGUUUAAUAAAAGGAAAGCUUUAAUUAACUA